GUCAAACAAAGUAUACUUGUUUUGAUCAUUAAGGAAUAAUAACAAUGAGUGGCAAAAGCAGCUUCCCUGUUUGCUUUUCUUUGGGGACAUUUUUCCUCCUUCUACUCAACCACGUCAGUGCUGAAAAUAGAACUGAACCGAGGAAAAAUGCAAAUCUAAGCCCAUUCGAGAGUUGGAGGAGCGCUUACUUCUGCAUGAACAAUACACCCAUACCACCUUCUUGCUUGGGAAAACAUGGAUACAUAAUGAAACUGGAUGGUGUGCUAGACGUGAGUGCCUCUGAUAUCAGCGACUUUUGUAACAAUGGUUGCAAAAGUCACACCUUAGAUGUCUUAAGUUGCAUCCAAGAUGUGAAGAGAGACUUCUACUUCGGGACCAAACAAAACGUCUCCUUUGUCAAGGAUGCCAUUAUCAAUGCAUGUGCUGCUUCUCAGCGUUACGCUUUAAAUACAAAUGUUACGAAGGACCCUAACAGUGCCACUAGUUUGUAUGGGAGAUUAUAUGUGCCCCUUGUUUCAACACUAACCACCAUGGCCUUCAUUGCCACCUUUGGGGUGUGACAGUUUUCUCAGCCAUGUAUAUGUGAAUGGAUAAGUGAGCAGAGGAGAUGCCAGAAACAUGGACAUUUAGUUGAAUGUUGAGUCUUAUGAUUUCAUAUGUAAUCCAUACAAAUAAAUAAGAAAGUAGUGAUCUCGAUAUGCAUAGCUGAAUAAGGAAAAAAAAUAUAGUGGACAAUUUAAUUAUAACAAGAAUUACUUAUUAUUAUGUUUGUUAUAUACACAUCAAAUACCAAUUAUGUUGGUCCAAGUGGUAAGAAAAAUGACUUUACUUCAUGCACAAGUAAAAGAAUUUACCUUGUACGCGAGUCUAUUAGGAAUCAUUCUAAAGAGUUUAACAGGUAUGUAUUGUCAUUGUAAAAGUUAUUACAAUGUGAAUGUGAUGAUUAUGAAAGAAUGAAUGAGUCAAAAGCAAUUUUGGAAACAAA